AUGUCGACCGUACCAGGGCCACUCGUAUGGGAGAUCGUGAAGAAGAACAACUCGUUUUUGGUCAAAGAGUUUGGAAAUGGCAACCAGAGUGUUCAAUUCAGUAGAGAGAGCAACAAUCUCUAUAAUCUCAACUCUUUCAAGUACUCCGGAUUGGCCAACAAGAAAACCGUUGCAAUUCAGACUGCUGGUAAAGAUCAAUCUGUGUUGUUAGCUACAACGAAGCCAAGGAAACAGAAUAAACCUUCUGUUUUGUCUCAGAAAUCGGUUAUGAAGAAGGAGUUUCGCAGAAUGGCAAAAGCUGUUCAAAAUCAGGUGGGAGACAAUUACUAUAGGCCUGAUUUGAAGAAGGCAGCUCUUGCAAGGCUGAGUGCAGUUCACAGAAGCCUCAAAGUUGCCAAGUCUGGCCUCAAGAAGAGGAAUAGGCACGCAUAA